AUGGUUUUGUGUACUGAACCAAAAAUCUGCCUUUCUGGACCAUCCUGGAAUUGUCAGACCAGUAGCUCCCAAGGUGGGAUGUGUGGAGAGCCGGAGCGCGAGGUGAGGACUCGUGGUGGGACUGCGCAGGUGGGUUCCUGCCCGGGGGCGGGGCCUCGGGAGCGCCGGGCCGCCGGGGCCCUGGGCCCGGAGAGCCGGCUGCUGGCGACCCAAGUCCUGGAGUCCGGAGGCCGAGGAGACAGACACCAGCUGCAGCUCUUCUUUCCUCCCCCCUCACCCCACCCUUGGCCCCUGGGUCAGAUCUACUACCGGCAGGUCCUGAAGAAAUCAGCAGACCUCCAGACCAAUGUGUGUGUCACUGCAGCCAGGCCAGUCCCCAGGCACAUCCGGGAAGCCCCGCAGAAUGUAAAUGAGGAAGUAUCCUUGAGAUAUUAUGGCUGUGGUCUGGUCAUCCCUGAGUGUCUGGAAAACUGCUGGAUUGUGGACCUGGGGAGUGGAAGUGGCCCAGACUGCUAUGCACUUAGUCAGCUGGUUGGUGAGAAGGGACAUGUCACCAGAAUAGACGUGACAGAAGGUCAGGUAGAAGUGGCUAACAAGUACAUUGAAUAUCACAUGGGAAAAUAUGGCUUCCAGGCACCCAAUGUGACUUUUAUUCAUGGCUACAUAGAGAAGUUAGGAGAGGCUGGAAUUAAGAAUGAGAGUUAUCGGGCUUCCCUGGUGGUAUCCAAUUGUGUCAUUAACCUUGUACCUGAUAAACAGCAAGUGCUGCGGGAGGUACAUCGAGUGUUAAAGCACGGUGGGGAGCUAUAUUUCAGUGACGUCUAUGCUAGCCUUGAGUUGCCAGAAGAAGUCAGGACACACAAAGUUUUAAGGGGUGAGUGCCUGGGUGGUGCUUUGUAUUGGAAAGACCUUGCUAUCCUUGCCCCAAAAAUUGGGUUCUGCCCUCCAUGUUUGGCCACUGCCAAUUUCAUUACAGUUCAAAACAAGGAACUAGAAAACAUGAUCGGUGACUUCCGUUUUGUUUCUGCAACAUUUCGCCUUUUCAAACUCCCUAAGACAGGACCAACCAAAAGAUGCCAAGUUAUUUACAAUGGAGGAAUCACAGGACACGAAAAAGAACUAAUAUUUGAUGCAAAUUUCACAUUUAAGGAUAUAAUCACAGAUCCAUUCAAGCUUGCAGAAGGGUCUGACAAUGCGAAGUCCAGAAGUCUCCCUGCAGCUGCCAGCGGCUGCUGAGGAACAGAGAAGAGCUGCUAA